AGUGGGGAGGAGGCAGGGGGGUUGGCCCGUGCGAUGUGUCUGUUCCCACAGCGCUAGUAGCGAGGUCCCGUGGACACUGAGCUGGGGAACUCUACGGGGGAUUUACUGGAUUAUCGCUGCUCCUGAGCCCGGACACCGCGCCUGGAGAGUGACGUCCUGCUAAGCUAUCUCUGAUAGUGCAUUGAGUGAGAUCAGUCGUUCAUCCGACCGAGGAUAUUGCAUCUAGCGCUGAUGCUUAUGUAGACCUACGUCUUCCAGUCUCCAACACAAUGGCUGCAGUGCAGACUUUUCCCCCGUCCAUUGACCAGAACACUGAGGUCAACGUUCCCCAAAGCCAGCCAGGCUCAAGGUCACCGGCUACGGACAACACUAUGGGAAGUGUGAGCAGUCUGAUCUCCGGUAGACCUUAUCAUGACAAACAGUGCAAGGCCUCUGAGUUUAGCAGCAAGUGCCGAAAACCUGUCAGCAUGCCAAACUUUUUUAAACAGCAGGAGGGACUUUUAAAAAAUAAUUAUAACUCCCAGGACCCGUUAUUUAACGGCCUUUCUACAAAGAAACCUUGUGCUGCUGCGCCUGGGAGUAAUGGGAAUUACACCUAUGUCAAUGAGGACUUCAAAGAGGAGUGGCAUGAAGCAAGAGCCCCUACUAGCCCUUACAGUGAUGUGGAUGAUAUGCGGGAAGAUAGGGCCCUCAGUGGGAACAUACGAGGACCCCCACCCAAGCUCAUUCCUGUUUCUGGCAAACUUGAAAAGAACAUUGAGAAGACCUUGAUAAAACCUACAGCUUUCAAACCAGUGGUGCCGAAAAAACGUAACUCCUCUCUGCAGUAUCUGGUUCAGCGGAACGGAGGCCCCAGCCUGUCUGACAGCCAAGGCAGUUUAAAUCUCCUCUUCAAUGGGAACUCAAUAGGGACAAAUGACAAGCACAACUCCUUCAGCUGCCGAAACAGUUCCGUCGCUGGAACAAUGUCAGACUCUGGCCGGAAUUCGCUGUCUAGUCUUCCCACCUACAGCACAAGCUGCAGUCAACAGAUAGAACCUGUCAGCAUGUCCAUGAGUCACAUUAACCUAGACAAUCACACUAAUAUUAAUGGAUUUUCUGACCGAACGUCUAGAGCUCGCACGCGGCCUUCCAACUCUGACAGUGGCCGCUCUUCAUCCAGCAAGAGCACAGGGUCAUUAAGCGGAAGGGGAAACCCAUCUUCUGAUAGUGGCUCAUGUGACCGAUCCCCCAUUAAUGAGGAGAUUCUCAUCAGAGAGCUGGAAGAUAAAUUAAAAGACAGAGAGUUGGAACUGCAGCAUCUGAAAGAAAAUCUAGAUGAAAACGAGGCUGCGAUUUGCCAGGUCUAUGAAGAAAAACAGAAGCGAUGUGAGCAGGAGAUGGAGGAUCUCCGUCAAAGCUGUGCCCUGAAAAUGAAGCAGGCUUCCCAGAAGGCUCAGCGGCUGCAGCAGGUUCUGCAGCUUCAGAUAUUCCAGCUGCAGCAGGAGAAGAAGAAGCAACAGGAGGACUUCUCACAACUUCUCCAGGAGAGGGAGCUGCUGGAGAAACGCUGUGCCUCGUUUGAGAGAGAGCAAACGGAACUGGGGCCGCGACUGGAGGAGACAAAGUGGGAGGUAUGUCAGAAAUCGGGGGAAAUAUCGCUGCUUAAACAGCAGCUAAAGGACGCCCAGGGUGAGCUGGCUCAGAAGUCCAAUGAAAUAUUGCUGCUGCGAUCCCAGCUGAGAGACACGCGAUCAGACCUCCAGGUUAGCGAAGACCAGGUCCAGGAGCUCCAGGACACUGCUCAUACAAAGACGCUGGAGCUGGAGGUGUGCGAGAAUGAACUACAGCGCAAGAAGAAUGAGGCGGAACUGCUACGGGAGAAGGCCAGCAAGUUGGACCAAGAGGUGUCUAGUCUCAGAGAAGCAGCCGUAGCCAGUCUACGACACGGGCUGUGCCACUGCCAAGAGAAGGAAGAUCCAUUCUUGCUUUAUGAGAGUGACGAGGCCAAAGCACAGCGGCAGAACACGGAAAACCUGCAAGGGAUGAAGCAGUACAUGGAAAGGCUCAGGGAGUCGCUGGUCAUAGAACGCAGGAGAAAUCAGGAACUUAUGGAAACUUUUGAGGAUGAACGUCGCAUAUGGCAGGAGGAAAAAGAAAAGGUGAUUCGUUAUCAAAAGCAGUUACAGCACAACUAUAUCCAGAUGUACCAACAGAACCGGGAGCUGGAGAGAGACAUUAAACAGCUGACUCUAGAACUGGAGGCAAGGGAGCUGGAUGAUUUUGACUUACACGGUGCAGAGAUUCAGUUUGAAGAAAUCACAGCCACAGAAAUUUAAAGCCAAUAACUUACCAUAUAUGCCUUUUUCUGGACCUUUAAGACAUUCCAGCUGGUGUGUUUCCAAAAAGCAACUCACACAUACACACACAUACUUGUCUAAAGGACCAAUGCACCUUGUCAUUGGGCAGGAACAAGGACGAUACUAUGUCUUGUGUAUUGUUCCUGUUCCAUUCUCAGGACAUCUCUUUUGUUCUAGAACAAUAUGCUUCCAUUAGAUACAAACUGCAAUAGUUUUAUUUUUAAUAUCCUUGCAAACCUGUCCCAUUGCUCGCUCACUUUGUUGCUAUAAGUAAUACGUUGCCAUAUGUUUGAAUGUUUUCUGUCACGGAUAACAGCUGCCAUUCAUUUAGGUGCAUAUUAGGACACAUUUAGGUCACCUCUUGUAAAUAAUGUCAAAUAGGAGAUUUGUUUCCCAAAGCGAGAUAAUGGUUUUGUACAAACUAUGACGAGCAACUUCUCUAGCUCUUCCUCUUUGACAAAUGUAGUCGCUUUCAAUCUCAGGUAGGCAACUUGCUAGAGCACAAUCAUAACACACUUCAAAUACUACCAUAUGCAAUACGCUGUUCAUUUACAAAGUUUCUAAAGGGCCUACAACCCCAUACAAAGUGCAGAGCCUCUUUGGCAGCCAAGAUCAUUAAAGGAUGUGGUGUACAUCUGAUUGUAGACCCUACCUUAAUUUACCUUAUGUCACUACAAUAGCAUUUUAGAAGUGUUGCGAGAAGUGUAUUAUAUACCUUUAACCUUUGAACCCAAAGUUAAAAGGGCACCUACUUGAGAGAAGAAUGGGUGAAUUACUGUACAUGACAAUGCCUCCUACUGACUAUUCUCUUCAGGGAGAGAAAUGUCUGGAAGACAAUGAGUAGCAACUACAGUGGGAUUGUAAUGAUUUUGCUGCUCAGCAGCCAUUGCCAAUUGCAUUGCAACUCUUUCUUAUCUGAGCUAUAGAAGACCUGUAAGAAUGCAAUUGCAAUCACAUGGUAAGAUAGACAAGUUGGGACUGGACUGUACUUUCAGAAAGGCCAAUAAGACUGGCUUAUCCCCAUAAUAUUCUAUGGGUCAUUUGUUUGUGAACCUAAUAAAACCUGGUUAAACCCAGGAAU